UUUUUUGUUUUUACAGGUUUAUCAAAUGUUGCAGAUGAGUUGCCAUGGAGACUAGGAGUGAAGAAAGGUCCAAAAGUCCAAAAGAGGCUUGCAGUAAAACAUGGAAGCAUACAUUGAGGAAUUACUACCAUGCUAAGUUAACAAGUAUGUCCACCACCUUACCAGAUGUUGAGGAUCAAGGAAACAAGAAACUUUUGUCAACAUUUCCCAAACAGACUAAUGGAUGUCAAAAUAAGACAAAAACUGUCAAGAAAAAGAAGACUAAAUCCACCAUCAAACCUCAACAAAACAUACAUUUAGUAAGAGCUACAAAACCUAAACCUACACAAACCCAACCUGAAUGUGUUAUUGAAAUAAAUGACAAAAAACAAACAAGGCAACCAGUUUUCAGUGCAUCAAAGAUGACAUGCCCUAAAAGAUAUACAACAAAAGAAGCCGGAAAUCCUGAGAACUUUGAGGAUAUUAUGAUGCAUGCACUGUUACAAGCAGAGAGGAGUCUGGGUAAUGAGUCAGCUGAUAUGAAGACAUUUAUGGCCAGUGAUGAGGAUACUGCAGAACAAAAGUCUAGGGGU